AAUUCAAACACCUCGCAAAAGUUUAUGUGCAUGGUUUAUUGCGAUACCAAGACAGGGUUUCUGGAAGUUUAGGCAACAUUUUUUUAAAAGUCUUAUUAAGUUAUUUUUAGAACCUUUUUGACAUAUCAAUAUCAUAGACUUGGGAAUUUUUAGUCUUAAAUUCCAAACCAUCAAAUGGGGGUAAAAUUAGUUUUGACAUUGAAAUGCAAACCUAGUUAAUUAAUAUUAAGAUAAACGUUUCGGCCAGUUAAUGUGACGUUGUUGGAGGUUAAAAAACCCACCUCAAAACCGGACUCUUGAGUGGCUUGACGUUACCUUGACGUUACCUUGGUGAACUAAUCCAAACAACGUUUGUGGUUAACUUUCUUGUCAGUUAAAUUGGUGAAGUACUCAAUCAGGGCUAGCUCUGGCAGUCGCCAAAAGGUCCAACUUUAUAUUCACCAAGAGCUAGCCCUGGCAAUUGUCAAUAAAUUGUCACUAAAUCAUGGACCAAUGGUUUGGUACUGAUUGUGAUGAGACUAAUACAAUGGGCACACUGAGGAGGUUUGAUCCUACAACAAAAAUACAUGUAGUCUCUAAAAUAAAAUAUGACCUGUUUAUUAUUUUUUUAAAAUAACAAUUUCAAAGAAAUAAUAUGUCUUCCUAAGGGAAAUGGUAGCCUGCUAGAAAUAAGAGGGGUGUGAGGGGAAGGUUUAAGAUGGUGUGUGAAACAUCAGGACCUCUGAGAGGAAUCUGCCAAAAUGGAGUCUUCCAAAGUUCAACGACAGGAUAUGUACAAAUCUUCGACUCCUCCGUGGAAAGAUGCCUACAGAAAGCGAUGUCUGGAGAGACUGCGGAGUAGUCGUGAGAAGAUUCACAAUCAACAUCGUAAAUUUGACAAGAGUGGUGACGAAGCCAACACAGACAGUGCCUCAUUUGUCAGACACGUAAUGACAGAGGAGUUACAAAGCUUUGACAUUGACUCAUUUGCCAUUGAUGAUUUAGAUGCAAUGCUGUCACUUUUUGAUGACAUUCAAAAAGAAUUAAAAAUAGAAGAAGAGAAAAUGGUAAACGAUUAUGAAGAGUACAAACAGAGCUUGGUGCAUGAAGAAGUAGCUCUGUCUGCGGCAAUCGAGGCUCUGUCCACAGAUGAGGUUAUCUGCCCACUCUGUCAGAGACAUGCUUUAAUGUUAAAUAAAGGAGUGAUAUUUUGUCCUUGUGGUCUCAGAAUUAACACUGAGCAAGACUGUAUCAGUCUGGCCAACGUGAAGCAGCAACUAGACGAAGGACUUUCUCUGCACUCAUCGGCCUGUAACAAAACACCGGCCUUCAGUGUCGUUGAUGGUCUGGGAAUCACCAAUCUCCUCAUAACGUGUCAGAUUUGUGACUUCAUGUUUGUGGUUGUAUAGCACAGAAAUGAAGAUCUUCUGGUUCCAGCAGUAAUAUCUGAUUGAGAUGUUUAUUGUGGAUGAUUCAGAAAUACACAAUGGACAUGGACUUUUCAUUCCUUUCAAAAUGUCAUGUCUUGUUUGAUGACAAAAUUUUACUUAACCACUAUAUUGUUAAUUUUCCAUUCUUUUUUGCAAUGCAGUCUGUGAUAUUUACAUGUAUGGUCUUUCCAUUGUUUUGGUGUUAAACACGUUAAUUAUGCAUGUAUUGUAGCAGAAAUAUAUUAUUGUAUGUAACAUACUCAAAAAAAUUAAUUAAGGGCCAGUAUACAUUUUGGUAAUUCUUUGUUAGUGUCAUAUUAUUUUAGCAGAGUUUGAUCACAGGUGAUGUCUCUAUAUUGUUUCAGUAUACUCUGGCUCAUAAUAUUAUUCAAGGUGUGGUUUUCAUGUAUUUAUGAAAACAACCAUAAUGCACAUUACUCUUUUGUUCUUAACAAUACUUGUUAUUCAUGUUAUUUUAGCACAUUUUGAUCACAGGUGAUGUCUCUAUAUUGUUUGAAUAUACUUUGACUCAUAAUAACUGCAGAAAUCUUGUACAAGGUGUGGUUUUCAUGCAUUUAUGAAAAACACCAUAAUGCACAUUCGGCUAGGAUUUAUUACUCUUGUUUAUAACAAUACUUGUUAUUUUGUUCACUAUAAAUUGUUGUUUAAAUCAUUAAGUUUAAGAACAUGCCACAAUGUCACCACCUCACAUCGUAUUUAAAGAAAAAUGCAAAAAAUCUACUGGCCUUUAAUUAAUUUUGUUUAAUUAAUUGGAGCUUUAUGAAGUGUUGUCCAUCUGUGCUGUCUUGACCAUGAUUGUUGAGAGCUCUUAUUUGUGUUGCCCUGACUUACCAAAUUGGACUUUGUGGAAUGACAUUAGGUAUUAAUUUACAUUAACUCAGGGAUUUCAUUAGUAGGCAGCUUGUCAUUUUUACCACCUAUUUAGGAAAUGUUUGAAGGGUAUAGAAUUACACAAAAAAAGCUUUCCAACUGAAUGUUGAUAAUGUUGAUAUUUAAGAUAUAUUAUGCUACCGUGGACAUGAAUGAAACAUAAACCUAAUUUGUCUUAUCAUAUUUGUAGCAGACAGUAAUAGCCAGAUAUAAUUUCAUGGACUUAAUAUUUAGACUUUGGUAUCAACUUGUUUUGGUUACAUGGCAUUCGUAGCAGAGGGUAAUAGUGCCUAUAAUUUAAUUUUCACGUGAUAUUUCUAUUCUUAAUGACAUUGCUGUAAAAUGUAUAUGUGCUGGUUUAUAGGGUGUUUUUUUGCUUAUUGACAUUGUCAGUGCGAGUACAUUUAUACUAGAGCACAUUGAUUUAUUAAUCAUCGACUAUUGGAUGUCAAACAUUUGGUAAUUUUCACAUAUACCGUAUACGCAAAAAUGUUCGCGAAUAAAAUAUACCGCGAAAAUCGCGAACACAUUGACAGCACCGUGAAUUUAAUUACACACAAACUUAUUUGUGAUUUUAAAAAUAAUUUUCAUGGAUACAACAGACUAGCAGUCAGAGGUACCUGUUAAAUUUAUACCGAGUUUCAUAUGCACUUUGUCUUUACCGCCAAAUUAUCCACAAAGUGACGUGGUUCUGUAAACCUGCAUGGUCACGUGGAUUUGAUCGAAGUGACACACAGUUGGGUGUAAGUCUGUUGUUAUGUAAUCUCAGUUUUGUUUGUUUUCUUUGUAACCUUGAAUGGAAGUUUGUGGGUACCAUCAAUAAUUAAAAGUUAUUUCUUCUGAUAUUUGCGUUUUUCAAUUUUCUGUAUCGCAUAUGCGUGUUCCAUCGAUAACGUGUCAUAUCAGACAUACAUACAACAUUGACGUCUCGCAGACAGCAUGGUAACAUGUCCAAGUGUGUGCAUAAAAUAGUCAUUGAAAAGAGUUUGGCAAAUGAAAUGUCUAAUUUUGAUUUUAUUAUGGGGGUCACAGUCGCGAAAAUGUAAAAUGAAAGCCCGAUCGCGAAUUAUUUUAGCCACGAAAAUAUUUGCAUAUACGGUAGUCUUAGAGAGGAAACCCGCUACAUUUACCCAUUAGUAGCAAGGUAUCUUUUAUAUGCACCACCCUACAGACAGGAUAGCACAUACCACAGCCUUUGAUAUACCAGUUGUGUUCUUUGGAUAAAGCUGAUAACCUAUGUCAUUCUCUAUAUACAGCCAAAUAUGCAUAAAAAUAUGACAUUUUCUAUUACAAUCCCAAGGUGCCAGGAAUCUUAAUUGUACUUUAAUAUAUGCACUAAAUUGUUUGGUUAGCCUACUUGAGACUUGAUAUCCUUAAAUAUCAACAUGCAUUUAUAUCUGUCUCAAUUGGAAUUUACAACCUAGACAUUGCCUAGAACAAUCUUACAUGUAUACAUGAGUAGAGCUCUGGAACUUUCAGCUGUGGCAGUAUAGUUGAAUAUUUACAGUUUUGUGAUGUUUAUUAUGUCUUACAGUUAUAGUUUAGUUAGCUUUCGGCAUGUGUGAUCUAAAAACCUGUGUAUUGUAAAUUAUUGUUUGUGCUCAAGUUAUUUUUCCUUAUGAUGUAGAAUACCAUUUCCUGUUUCAUCUUUUAUAUUGUAUUUAUAAACAGCAUUAAUGAGCUGACCUGGAUGAUAAAAAGCAAAUAAAUUUGAAGAAAUCCA